AAGCACUAAAUCUUAAACGAAAUUCUCAUUCAAUCAUCACCAUCACUCUUUGAGGAUAAUCCGACAUCAAAAACAACAGCAGAUAAUACAGAUCAAAAUGUCGGACGGAGAAGAGACUAUUUCCAACCCCCCCGUCGCUGAGGCCGAGGAUGUUGAGGUCCCCGCCGAGUCCAGCGGUGGACAAAUGUCCAUCAACGAUGCGCUCAAGGGUGUCCUCAAGAUCGCCUUGAUCCACGAUGGUCUCGCCCGUGGUCUCCGUGAGGCUUCCAAGGCCCUCGACCGUCGUCAGGCGCACAUGUGUGUCUUGAACGAGAGCUGUGAGGAGGAGGCUUAUAAGAAACUUGUUAUUGCUCUUUGCUCUGAGCACGAUAUUCCCUUGAUCAAGGUUCCUAAUGGAAAGGAGCUUGGUGAAUGGGUUGGUCUUUGCCAGAUCGACCGUGAGGGAAAUGCUCGCAAGGUUGUCAACUGCUCUUGCGUCGUUGUCAAGGACUGGGGCGAGGAGUCCCAGGAACGUUCCAUCCUCCUCAACUACUUCCAGACUGAGCAGUAAGCGUACAACCGCAAACUACCAGAGCCUAAAUUUGUCGCUCUAACUAUCGACUACGUUUGAUACGAGAUGAAAAUCCCUUUUUGAUCUUAGAUCGGGACUUGAGAUGAUGAAUUCGACUUGAAUUUCGGCGAAAAAAGUACGGAAACGGGUUUCGUCAGUGUCAGCGCUGGCCUUGGCAAGUUUGAUCAGACAUGAGAAAUGGAACAUGAAUGAAAAAUAUCCUUCAUGGAGUAACGUGCUAUGCCGGUAAAAUUUGUGUAUAGAGUAAAGUAAGCUUAUAGUCGGUUUGUAGUCGCUAAUCGUCCGAUUGAUAAAUUGAUUUGAUUUGCCCAGCGGACAAGCGACAUCUGGUAUAUUCAAGUCUUGAAUGAUAUGUACGUUAGGUGCUGCCUACAAUGAAAACAGUCAUGCUAAAAUGAUUAAAACAACACGCUACAUAAAACUGCUGUUCUUUCCGAACAACGUCAUGGCCCUUGGACAGUAAUCAUAGCAAGAAGAAGAAAAGCUCAAGUAUAUGCAAGAAAUCGAGAAUUCUGCAACAGAAUUAUCGAAAAUCAAUUGCCGGAAACGCCAUGGUCGGUCUUUCCGGCUUCAGGGACAAUUGCUGGUACGGCGAACUACCGGGAUCGUAGUAUAAGCCUUCUAUCUCUCCGGUUCCGCGAUGUAAGGAGAUGUAAUAAAACCCAGAUAUCGUGAGAC